AUGUUAAAUAGUAUACCUUCAAUUUCGCGAGGCGGAACGGCUGCUAGUAGUAAUUUUGACGUUUUAAAUGGAGCUUUAGGUUUACGAGAUAAUAUUGAAGGAAUAGAUAGCAUUAUCCAUUUUAAAGAAGUAAUAACUGCUCAAGUAACGCAAUUUUUAAAUACUUUUGAAGUUAAGGACGAAAAUCGGCUUUCGAAACUACGUUAUGCGGAAUCUAUUCUUGAUUGUUCUAGAUCAGGCUCGUUUUACCAAAGACAUCUAGAAGUUUUAUGCCGUAACUCAGAUUUUAUUGAUUCAUCAGUUAUAGCACUAAACAAAACGUAUGGUAACGCAGUUUUAAAGUUUCAGAUGGAAGAUUUAGCUUCAUUCUUAAAUGGAGACUUAAGCGAAUUUGCAAUUUACUUUACACCUGAAACUAUUAACAUUUUUGAUGAAGUGUUAACUAAUUACUUAAAAGAGUUAUUGACUUAUUGGGGGAUAAGUAAUACAUUCUUACCGUUCAAUACAAUAAGGUCUGUUUUCACUGGUCAGAGCGAUGUGAAGAGUAUUCGAAACAUUGAUUCAAGUGAAGUCGAAACGUUAGUAACCGUAAAAGGUAUUUGUAUUAGAGUUAGUAAGAUUAUUCCCGAAAUGCAAGUAGCGGUUUUCAAAUGUGAAGGAAAAAUAAACCGGGGUUAUUAUCCGAAAGUUUGCGAAAAUGAAAUUUCAUCUAAGGUUAUACGUGGAAAUAUAGAAGCGCCGCAAUUUUGUGACGUUUGUCAAAAUAGAAAAUGUUUUACAAUUUUCCACGACAAAUGUGUGUUUUCAAGUAAGCAGAUGCUAAAAAUUCAAGAAACGCCCGAUUCAUUGCCGGAUGGACAAACUCCUCAAACUAUUUUUGCUUUUGUCUAUGAUCAUUUAAUCGAUUCAAUAAGGGCUGGAGAUUACAUACAGAUUACAGGUAUAUAUCGAGCGUUACCAGUAAGAAAAAGUAUUAAACAGCGAACAAUCCGAUCAAUAUUUCGUUGUGGUAUCGAUGUGUUAGAUGUUGUUAUUCAGUCAAACGCAUCAUAUGAAGAUGAUGCAUCGCUUGAAGAAUUUGAAGAAGUAUUAGCAGAUGAGCUAAGUACUUCGAAAUAUACAAAUUACAUAUUUAAAACGGAUGAACAAGAUUUUCAACCAAGUUUUGUCGUUAGAGCAAACGAGUUUGCAAAGCACGAAAAUGUAUAUGAGAAUUUAGUUUCUGCAUUUGCGCCAGAAAUCUGGGAAUAUCAAGAUAUUAAAAAAGGAUUAUUAUGUUUAUUGUUCGGAGGAAAUACCUCUUAUUUGAGCGAAGGAAAAAGUUGUGUUCGAACUCGUGGAGAUAUUCAUGUAUUAUUGUGUGGCGAUCCCUCAACAGCAAAAAGCCAGUUAUUGAAAUACGUUCAUCAAAUUGCACCACGGGGAGUGUACUGUGUCGGACGUGGAACUUCAUCGGCUGGAUUAACAGCGUCUGUAACAAAAGAUCCUGAGUCAAAUGAAUAUGUUUUAGAGGCGGGAGCUGUUGUUUUGAGUGACAAAGGUAUUUGUUGUAUCGAUGAAUUUGAUAAAAUGCCUGAAAACACACGUACAAUCCUCCAUGAAGUUAUGGAACAACAAACAGUUAGUAUUACCAAAGCAGGUAUUGUUUGUUCUUUGAACACUCGUGUAGCCAUAUUAGCAUCGGCAAAUCCAAUCAAAAGUAAAUAUGAUGCUCGAAAAUCUGUUGUCGAAAAUAUAAAUAUGGUUUCGACAUUGUUAUCUAGAUUCGAUUUAAUAUAUUUAAUGUUGGAUAUAAGUAACCCAGAACAAGAUCGUAAAAUAGCAAAUCACAUAUGCGAACUUUACACUAAAAAAAACGAGUACAAUGAUAAGUUUUCUGAAACCCGCAAGCACGUAAACAUAAAGUUUUUGAAAAAUUACAUUAGAUAUGCUAAAGCAAUCUGCAAUCCAAUUAUUGAACCAGAAAUUGAGAAUGUUCUAAUAGAAACUUAUUUAAAAUUGAGAGGUUAUGGAUCUGCGAAAACAUUAAUGGGUACCCCUAGACAGCUUGAUAGCUUAAUUAGAAUAGCUACGGCUUUAGCAAAAAUGGAAUUAUCUAGCGUUGUUAAAAAGGAACAUAUAGAUGAAGCGGCCAGGUUGUUAACUGUUGCGACCUAUGCUACCUUAACUGAUCCUGUAACAGGAAAAAUCGAUUUCGACCAACUUAAUAUUGGUGUUGGUGAAGCUGCUAGAACUAGGCAAAGCGUACUAGAAAGGGUACUAUUGAAAAUUUUAAAUGAUUUACCUGAAGGUUUGCCAUUGGUGGAUAUUGAAGAAAAAAUGAACCAAGAACUCAAAGAACAAAGCCACAAACUUCUUUCUCCAAAGGAAUUUCAGACGUUAAUUAAUUUUGCUAUAAAUACAGGUUUAAUUGGGCGUGUAGGAGCAAUUAAUUACAUAAGUCUUAUGAAAAUAUAA